ACGAUGUAGUCUACGUGCACCCUACAACUACAAGUGUAGCUAGCUGUACCAUGUGUACUCGAGGAUGUCAUGCAUUUACAAAAAUUGGGUUUGAUUUGGUGUUCCCUUGUUCAAAGCGCCUACACAAUUAUGUAGGACGAAAGAGCUCUCGUUGCGAUCGCCAGAGCCUUCUUCCAAGUCGUGCCGAAGUGCGUAAGCACGGAGGAAAAUGAACUUCUUGAGGCGCAUGCGAUAUGGUACAGUCGCUCAGGACCAGGAUGAAGCUGCAACUUGGGAGUACCGGGAAGCCAGGAAAAAAGAUUAUGCCGAUGAAAACGGUGACCACGACUAUGGGAAAUCAUCAAUCCCCGAUAAGUAUAACCUCAGCCUGCUGGAAAAAGGAAAAGGACAGUAUUGGACAACGAAGCAAUAUGUCAAAGAAAAGCUGGGAGUAGGAGAAGACGUUUUCUCCGUCGCUGAAGAUGAGACGAUUGACAUGUGUGUGCACCGUGCACGUCACACUCAGAAACAAGCCAUGAAGCUGAGCAUGGCGUUGCUGAAGUAUCAGAAAGUGCUGCAACGUCUCACCAGUAAGGAAACUGGACUGGGCUUGUUACUGAAGGCGUACGGAGAGUCGGAAACCUCAGCUGGCAUGCCGGGCAGUGAUGACACUCUGGCUCUGGGCGUUGAAGAGUCUGUCAAGCCAUGCCGCACACUGAUGUGUAAACUGGGCAGUGCUAUGCAGAGCGAUGCACUUAUGCUGGCUGAACUCGACAUGCCAAUCACAAAGAUGUUUCAUGAGGUGGAAACAUUUCGUGGGAAAGCGUUGCUCGAUUGUCUGAAGGCGGUUAGUGAGUUGAACGAGAAAAAGAAGCACUUUCGAGGAGCUCUGCUGUGGAUGACGGACGCAGCAAAUUCUAUGAGUGAUCCCGAUGCCAAAAAGGAGCUGAAUAACUUCCGCGAGGCUCAGUACAUGGUGAAAGUGUGCAAAAAAGAGUUUGAGCAGGCAUCAACGAAGGUGCAAAGCAAGACUGAGCUGCUGUUGUCCAGCCUGAACAACCUGUUUUCUUUGCAUCUGCCAGGCUAUGUGUCCACUCUGGGCAACCAGUUGAAGAGUUCUGAGCAGGCGUACGGUGAGAUAUUUCGCUGGAGUCGUGAGUCGAUGAACCACCAGUACCGCCGUGCAGACGAGAUUCAACGGGAGAGGGCAGUAGACCAAGCAUUGGAUCUUGACCACGAUGCGUCCUUUGAGAGCCUCGGAGCGGCUGCAGAUGAUGUGCAAUUUGAGAGCUGGGCUAAUGAGGACAGUGCGCCGUCGCGAGGGGCACAGCUGAUUGCAAGCGACAACGAUGAUGGCCGCGAUCUGGACUGGUUGCUGGAUGAAGAUGACUCUGAGGAUAAGUGCGACAAGAUCCAAGACCUGCUCAUGGAGCUGUCCAACGAGAAGCAAGGUUCCAGUGAAGAUGCCCUCUCCUCUGCGUUACCGGACAGCGAGCGACGCGAGAUGGCUUUGGACUGCAACAUGGCAGAGAAUAGUGACAUGCUCUUUGAAGGUGAGAUCAAAAAGAUCACCAACGAUGAGGGUUGCCUGGAGGACAUAAUUCCCAUGAGUAUAGAUACAAUGGAGAGGCAAAAGCGAGAGGUGGCAAGAGAGGAGCAAAUCAGUCAAGAGCUGGACGACCUCCUUGCUGGACUGGAGUUCAACGUUGUUUGCGAGCCAGAGACGGUGCAAGGACAGUCGACAGCUGAAAAGGGAAGUGACCCUCGUGGCGGUGAUGAAUGCUCCAAUGAGCAGAAUCUACAGCAGCAGGCAGAGCGCUUUGACAGCGUUAAUAACAUCUGGGCAGCACUGGAGUCGAACUUCAGUGCAGCAUCCAUGGCCAAGGAGAUCCUGGACGCACCAGAACAGGACGUGGCGACUGGUACUGAGAGCGGUGCUCCACAGAGACAGGCGCCAGGACCAAGCAGCCAGCAUAAGGGAUUGAUGAAGUGGUUCUCCCGUAAACCAACAGAGGCCGAGCAGGAUAGUGUUGUUAAUGUUGCUGCCGCUGGGGCUGACGCUGGGGCGGCAACUGCACCAGCGUCCAAGUUUGCCUCUCUGUUUGAGAAGCUGGAGCCUGAUGCCGAUGAACGCACACUGAAAGAUCUCCUUGCACUGGACUCCAAUGAUCAGGAAAGCUCGGCGUUUGCGUUGAUGUAGCGAAAGUGCUCGUUUUGCUGACUUGUGACCACAACUACACCAGCAUUUAAACCAUUAUAGCAUUCGUCAUGAGGAUUGUACCUUCGCUCCACCUGCCUUUGGAUCUGUUUCACCUAACCCACUAUGCAGUUGCUGCAAUCUAUGUAUGCUCUGUAGCAACAAUGUAUUAGCAGUAUACCUUUAACCAGUCACAUAUCCCGUAUAUAUUUUUAUUUUAUGUGCCGCUGAUUCGACGGGACACCCAGCCCAAUCUGGUUCACGGUCUUAUUUUGCAACUUGCCCCCCC